AUGUCGGGCGAAGCAGCAGCAGCGGCGGAGGGAAUCGAGACCCAUGAGCACGCCCCAGGAGCAGCACCAGCCGGCCCGGCCGCCAGUCACGGUAGCAGUGCAGACGUAGGCGCAGGGGUGGGAGGGCCAGCAUUGUCAUCGAGCGCCACCGCUCGUCUGCCUUAUGUUGCUCCAUCCUCCUACCUGCGCCCUCCAUCCCGCUCUUCUGCGCCGCAAUCGCCGUCGAAUCGCAUUCAGCCCGUGGCAGCAGGCUCGGAUGCAGCAGACAGCGAAUCGACUGCCUCUCAAUCGAUGACGCCGUUGGACGCGGAGCAGAUUGCGGGUCUGAAGGCGAUCCGUGCCUUUCUCAAGGUCCGCACGAGCUACGAUGUCCUGCCUCUGAGCUACCGUUUGAUUGUUUUCGAUACUUCCCUCCUCGUGAGGAAGAGCUUGAACGUUCUAAUCCAGUGUGGCAUCGUCUCCGCACCUCUAUGGGAUUCCAAGACUUCAACUUUCGCCGGCUUGCUCACUGUCAACGACUACAUCAACGUUGUGCAAUAUUACUGGCAGAACCCCGAAGCCCUUUCGCAGGUCGACCAAUUCAAGCUCAGUAGUCUUCGCGAAGUCGAGCGCGCACUGGGCGUCACUCCCAUCGAGACCGUCUCCAUCCACCCCCUGCGUUCGCUGUAUGAGGCAUGUACUCGCAUGCUGCAAUCUCGCGCCAGGCGAAUCCCACUCGUCGAUGUGGAUGACGAAACGCAGCGAGAGAUGGUGGUCAGCCUGGUCACGCAAUACCGCAUCCUCAAAUUUGUCUCGGUCAAUGUACGCGAGACGCAGAUGCUUCGGAAGCCGCUUCGCGAUCUGCCCACCGUCGGUACCUACGGCAAUCUUGCCGUGGCGCACAUGGACACCCCCGUGAUGAGCGUCAUCCAUACCCUGGUCAAGAGAGACAUUUCCUGCGUCCCCAUCCUGGACAAGGAUGGCACUUUACUGAACGUCUUCGAGGCGGUGGAUGUCAUUGUCCUCCUUAAGGGCGGCGACUAUGACAAUCUCAACUUGAGCGUCGGCAAAGCGUUGGAGAAGCGGGCAGAUGACUUCCCGGGAAUCUACACCUGCACAAUCAACGACAGACUGGGCACCAUCUUUGACACCAUCCGCAAGUCGCGGGUGCAUCGAUUGAUCAUCAUCGACGAAAACAAGCAGUUGAAGGGGUUGUUGUCUCUCAGCGAUAUCCUCCACUACACGCUCAACAGUCCUAUCGGGGAUGAGGAGCCUUGA